CCAAACACAGCACACACUCAACUCAUUCUGUCUGAGGAGAACAGAAAGGUGACAGGUGUUGGAGAGAAACAGUCGUAUCCUGAUCAUCCAGACAGAUUUGAUUGUGUGUUUCAGGUGUUGUGUAGAGAAAGUGUGUGUGGACGCUGUUACUGGGAGAUUGAGUGGAGUGGAGAUGUGUGUAUAUCAGUGUCAUAUAAGAGCAUCAGCAGGAAGGGACGGGGCGAUGAGUGUUGGUUUGGAUAUAAUGAUCAGUCCUGGAGUUUGUUCUGCUCUUCCUACAGUUACUCAUUCAGACACAAUAACAAACACACUGCUCUCCCUGUGAAGCCCAUCAACAGCAGCAGAACAGGAGUGUUUGUGGAUCACAGUGCAGGAACUCUGUCCUUCUACAGCGUCUCUGACACAAUGAGCCUCAUCCACACAGUACAGACCACAUUCACUCAGCCCCUCUAUCCUGGGGUUUAUGUUUUUAUUGGAUCAACAGUGAAACUGAUUUGA